GCGCCUGCGCGCUGCGCCCAGCGAUCCAAGAUGGCGGCGGCUGACCAGAGCCGUCUCCCGGGUAACGGCCGCCAUGCCGCAAAAACGGGACCCGCAGCUUUCGCCGGGUGUUUGAGGAGGAGGAGGAGGAGGAGGAGGAGGAUUUGCAGCCUGGGAAGCCGAGCCCAUCCCCUCUCGCCCCCAUCCGCGGUGCGGGCGGAGCCGAGCGCGACCGGGCGCAGCAUGGAGCGGCACCGGCGCAGCCCCGCCGGCCGGCGGCCGUUCGCCUGCCCCGAGUGCGGCCGGGGCUUCGCCCUGCCGUGCAACCUGCUGGCCCACCGGCGGGUGCACUCGGACGAGCGGCCGUUCCGCUGCCCGGACUGCGGCAAGCGCUUCAAGAGCGCCGGGGAGCUGAGCCGGCACCAGCGGGUGCACACCGGCGAGCGGCCGUUCCGCUGCCCGGACUGCGGCGCCGGCUUCAGGCAGCCGUCCGACCUGACCGUGCACCGGCGGGUGCACACCGGCGAGCGGCCGUUCCGCUGCCCGGAGUGCGGCCGGGGCUUCACCCAGCUGGCCAACCUGCUGACCCACCGGCGGGUGCACACCGGCGAGCGGCCGUUCCGCUGCCCCGAGUGCGGCCGGGGCUUCACCACCCUGGCCAACCAGCUGGAGCACCGGCGGGUGCACACCGGCGAGCGGCCGUUCCGGUGCCCGGCGUGCGGCCGGGGAUUCGCUCACUCGUCCACCCUGCUGGAAAUUCAUCGACGUACUCACACCGGAGAGAGACCCUUCACCUGCUCCGUGUGUGGGAAGGGAUUCACUCAGUCCUCCAACCUGGAAUUACACCAGCGCGCUCACACAGGGGAGAGGCCCUUCAUCUGCUCCGUGUGCGGGAAGGGCUUCAUUUAUUCGUCCAACCUGUUGACGCACCAGCGGGUUCACACUGAGGAGAAGCCCUUCAGCUGCGUCUCCUGUGAGAUGAGCUUCCGGUUCCCGUCCAGCCUGCUGAUCCACCAGCGGAUUCACACCGAGGAGAAGCCCUUCCGCUGCGCCGACUGUGGGAAGAGGUUCCGGCACUCCGACAGCCUCGUCGUGCACCAGCGCAUCCACACCGGUGAGAGGCCGUUCACCUGCUCCGAGUGCGGGAAGGGCUUUAUUGACUCGUGCCACCUGCUCCGGCACCAGCAGGUUCACACCGGGGAGAGGCCGUUCACCUGCUCCGAGUGCGGGAAGGGAUUCACCCAGUCUUCCACCCUGCUAAGGCACCAGCGGAUUCACACCGGGGAGAGGCCGUUCACCUGCACGGAAUGUGGGAAGGGGUUCACCAGCUCAUUCCACCUGCUGAGACACCGGCGGGUCCAUACCGGGGAGAGGCCGUUCACCUGCUCCCAAUGUGGCAAGGGAUUCACUACUUCAUCGCAUCUACUGAGACACCAGCGAGUUCACACGGGGGAGAGACCGUUCUGCUGUUCCCAGUGCGGGAAGGGAUUCACUACUUCAUCCCACCUAUUGAGACACCGGCAAAUACACACCGUGGAGAGACCGAUCAAUAGCCCAGACAGCGGGAAGUGCAUUCAAAGCUCUGAGGAACUGGAGUCCCAUCUGUUGUGCAAGGAAGUUAGUACCUAAGGUGCUAAACUAACUCGGGAUAGGCUGAACGUUCUAAACCCCGAACAGCUCAACCAACUGCGUCCGCAAACCGAAACAAAAUCCCACAACAGGCUUCAAGCAAAUCAUUGAAAUCAGAGAAGCAACAGCAGUUAAACAUGGGGACAAUUGAGAAAGAUUUUACAGUUCCCAAGCAAAUUUAAGAUCAUAAGUACAACAGAGUCAGAAUUGGACUGGAUUAUGUGUGAGCGAAACGAUGCAUUCGGUAUGGAAUUGGUUCCACAUUACAGAAGAAGCCCAGAGAAGAACAAGUGAACACACUUCUUUACUGGGUAGAUCCAAUAGCAGAUCGUAUCUUAAAACAACAGAAUUUAAAAGAAGAGACAGGUAGUUUUUAAACAUUGUAAGAGCAUUCGACAAAUACUUUGCAUAAAGUGUAAUAAACAGCAAGAUGUCAUAGAAGAAAACAAUCUGUUGAUUAAUCAUCAUUAUAGGUUGUAAGAAUUUUGUGAUUAUGGAGAUAUACCACCAGAACUAAACUGAAACAGAAUUGUCAUUGGAAUUUCUGAUCAAUUUCUUUCAGAGAUGUUGCAACCUGGUCAGCUCUUUCACAUUUGAAAGAGCUGACCAGGUAAUGGUGGGAUCCGCAUACAGCACGAGCAAACAGAGCCAAUCCAGUUGAAGAAGUUUGUCAGACUUGGAUAACUUUCUAGGGUACAAAAAUACCAAGAUCAUCACAAAAACCAACUCAGACAUUUUCAAGCCCUUUGAUGCUAGAACUCACUGUUACAGAUAUGGGAUUAACGAAACUGUAUAAACUGAAGCAGGGCCCAGCUUUAUCGAGUCAGUGCAACUAUUGUAUGUGAGUGGGGCAUUCACAGAGCAUGUAAAAAGUCAAAUACUACCUUUCGCCCACAGUACUAGUAAAGCACAAAGUGCUGAACACCUUACUGCAAGCCCCUGUAGGGAGUUAAAACAGACAGAAGACCAGGACUUCACUGCAUUGGAGCAUAUAUCUCCACAGGAUGAGAUGCCAUCUUUGGAAGUGACAACUAAACCCUUCCUGGGGGUGAUAGAUGACUCAUCUGAACCAGAUAUGACAUGGAUAAUGCAGACCAUCCAAUCCCCAGGGCCCGAUAAUCAGCGUCCAGGUUCUGAAGGGAAAUGGCUCGAAAUAUAGCAGAAGCACUGGUGGUCAUCUUCCAAAACGCUUUCAACUUUGGAACACUUGCUUCAGCUUUGAGAGUAUCUAAUGUAACCCAACUAUUUAAAAAGGCAGGUGGAGAGAAAACAGGGAAUUUUAGGCUAGUGAGUCUGACACCGGUAGUGGGGAAGAUUCUAGAGUCUGUUAUCAAGGAUUUUAGAGCACUAAGAAAAGAGUGGUAGAAUCAGACACAGCAUGGAUUUACAAAAGGCAAAUCAUGCUCGACAAAUCUAUUGGAAUUCUUCGAGGAUCUAAUUAGCAGAGUUUAUGGUGGGGGCAGUGGAUGUGGUGUAUUUGGACAUGGAGAAGGCACUCAACGAAGUUCAACAUGGAGGGUAGUGAAUUGAAAUUGAUAGAAAAUUAGUUAGCAGACAUGAAACAAAGAGUAGGGAUAAAUGGGCCCUUUUCUGAAUGGCAGGCAGUGACUAGUCAGUGUACCACAGGGGAUCAGUCCAAGGGCUCCCAGCUAUUCACAGUACUGUAUUUGUUCAUCAUUUCGAUAAAAUGUAAUAUCUCAAAAUGUGCAAAUGUCACAAAGCUGGGUGGAUAGGUGAGCAGGAUGCAGAGAUGUUACUUGUGAUUGUGGGCAAAUAUGUGGCAAAUUUCAGGAUUAUGUGGAAAAAUACGAGGUUAUCCACUUUGGUAGCAAGAAAUAGGAAGGUGGAUUAUUACUUGAAUGGCUGUGAUUUGCAAUGGGGAUUUUCAACAAAACUUGGGUGUCCUUGUGCACCAGACAUUGAAAGUAAGCAUGCAAGUGUGGCAGGCAGUGAAGAAGACGAACUGUAUGUUGGUACUCACAGCGAGAAGAUUCGAGCGCAGGAACAAGGAUGUCUUGCUACAGUUACAGAGGGCUUUAAUGAGGCCACACCUAGAAUUUUGUGUGUAGUUUCUGGUUUCCUUAUCUGAGGAAGGAUGUUCUUGUUGCAGGGGCAGUGCGGUGAAAUUGAUUCCUGCGAUGGCAGGAUGGACUUAUGAGGACAAAUUGCGUCGGUUAGGAUUGUAUUCCCUGAAGUUUAGAUGAAUGAGGUGGCGGUGGGGGGGAGGAAUCCCAAAGCAAUGCAUAAAAUUCUAACAGGACCAGACAGGAUAGAUGCAGAAAGGGUGUUCCUGAUGAUGGAGGAGUCCAGAACCUGGGGUUAUAGUUCAAGGAUUAAGGAUAAGUAGGAAGGGUUUAGAUAGAUAUGGUCCAAAUACUGGCAAAUGGGACUAGAUCAGUUUAGGAUGUCUGG